AUGCGUCAGUUGUUCCACGUUAACCCGUGGCUUGCAGCGCUUCGGGUGCUGUUUGUUAUGGUGCCUGUGUUGCGAUUUUCCAGCGGAUGCUUUGCUGUCACCAUGACGCAUCCCUGCCUUUUCAUUGAAAAUGUGGUGCGUACCGACGGCGCGUGGACGACUCCGGUUGUGGUGAGGGUCGUGCCUCCCACAGCGCAGGAUGCGCCGCAGGUGUACGGCGUCGUUUGUAAGAACCGAUGGACGCUUGUCCGCAUCAAGACGUCAACAAGGAUCCCUGAUGAGAGCAGGAGGCACUGCGGCUUCUCCUGGCCCCAGCGAUGGGGUCCGCACCUUGUCGCGGUGCUGGGGCUUUGGUUGCGUAUAGGAACUCUGCAGCAGGGCGUUGCUGCGAGCACGACGGAGACCAAGACAACUCCACCCCUCGAGUAG